AUGCCUCCUAUCCGAGGCGGCCUCGGCGAGCGCCCGCGAGUGAUCUUGUACCACCAAACGCUCAUCCCAGGCGGGGGUCAAUAUGUUUCAAUGCUCCCGCUCGUGGAAAACAACACGGGAAUCACGCAUGUUAUUAUCGCUGCCUUCCACCUGAAUGAACAACCAGAAGCCAUCACUCUCAAUGACGAUCCUCCAGAUAGCUCCAUAUUCGACCCCCUUUGGGCCGAAGUACCCCUUAUGAAGCAGAAAGGUGUCAAAGUGAUGGGCAUGCUAGGCGGUGCCGCGCCAGGCUCUUUCACACGACUCGACGGCACCAGACAACAAUUCGAGCUGUAUUAUUAUCCGCUUCUGACCAUGAUCCGCCGCCAUGGUCUGGACGGCAUCGACCUCGAUGUAGAAGAGGCGAUGUCUUUGCAAGGUGUGAUCAGGUUGAUCGACCGUCUCAAGGCCGAUCUGGGCGAUGAAUUCAUCAUCACCCUGGCUCCUGUGGCUGCUGCAUUACUCGGUAUAGGGAACCUCUCGGGCUUCGAUUACCGUGAGCUCGAGCAGGCUCGUGCUUCCAAAAUCAGCUGGUACAAUACCCAAUUUUACAAUGGCUGGGGCGUCGCCGAGGAUCCGCGGAUGUAUGCUACGAUGAUGGCACAGGGGUGGUCGGCACGACGGGUCGUAUAUGGCCUGCUGACCAACCCAGGUAACGGGUCACAAGGCUAUGUGUCAGAGGAGAAGAUUGGACCCGUUCUGGCAAUGUUGAGAGAGCAGUUUCCUAAUUUUGGUGGUGUUAUGGGUUGGGAGUACUACAAUGCGCUUCCUGGAGACACAGCAAUGCCGUGGCAGUGGGCUACUCAGAUGUCCCUGAGCAUGGGUAUGAAGGAUUUGGUUAUAGCGACGCAAGAGCUCAUGUCGGCAAGUCCAAUGGCGAGCAGUCUCAAUAAUUUGUUGCAAGAUAUGAUGAAUCAAAGACGGCGAUAA